AUGAUGGAACAACAACGACAAAUUGAAUAUCUCCCUCUGGGUAUACGUGGCUUAGAAAUAUACUCAAACCGCCCCGGAGACUCUGCACAGCCAGUAAAUCUUCAGCCUCAAACACUUAUCAUCGAUAAUCGGCGCUUCGAGCUCCAUGAGCAUCAUUCAAGCCAGGACCGGCAAUUUUACGAGAAUCAAGUCGCACGCCUCCAGUCUCAGCUUGAUCGGGCAGAGAAAAGAGUUGUGGAUGCUGAAUUCGAUAGAACACGUAUUGAGCUGAAAAAUAAGACAUUGGAAGCAGAAAAGACAAGCCUAGAGCAGAAGCUUCAAGAAUCGAACCAAAACUGGAGUACCUAUUACAACCUAUAUCAAACGUCGUAUUCGAACGAGCAUAAACUCCAACAAGACCUCCAAAACAUCGAACAACAAGUCAAAGAAUUGGAAUCUCAACUCGCUACUUCUGCAGCAGAUCUUGCAUUAUGGAAAAGUUCGUCCGAAAAGUGGGAGACCUCACAUGAGGAGUGGCGAGACUGGGGUUUGAAGACAAAGUCAGAGCUGGAAGGAGUAAGGCGGGAGAUAAAGGAAUUGAAAAGAGGCAAGUCGGUGGGGGUGUGA